AUGUCAGUUCAACUGGGCGACAUCAGUCUGGACGGGAUCCGUGAGAGGAUUCAACAGACCAGCCCAUGGAACUUUGCCGUGGCACUGGUCAUCCUCUAUGGCAUCUACCGAGCACUCCAGAUCGGACGACGAGACAAGCGGAUGCCUCCAGGCCCACCGACCUUGCCAUUGUUGGGGAAUUUGCACCAGAUUCCCAUUACGGGCAUGUACAAGAAAUUCAAGGAGUGGGGCGAAGAGUUUGGCGGAAUCUACUCGCUCAAGCUUGCGUCGUCCACCGUGAUUGUGCUGUAUGACCGGAAAGCCGUGCAUGACCUCGUGGAUAAAAAGGGUCUCCUCUACGCCGAGCGGCCGCACAGCUAUGUGAACGACCUGGUCACGCACGGCGACAGCCUCGUGUUCCAGGACCACCACGAACGACAGAAAGCCAAACGCAAGAUUGCCACGCACAAUUUCUCGCCCAAGAUUCUCGACGAGCGAGUGGCUCCUGUCCAAGACGCCGAGGUGACAGUCCUUUUGAACGACCUGGUCACGAAGCCGGAGGAUUUCUACAAUCACAUGAAACGGCUCACCUCUUCUAUUGCCUGUAUCCUCGUGUACGGACAGCGAGCUACGUCUUACGAAGACUUCUGGGGUCAUGUACGUUCUUCUCUUUGGUUUGGCGAGGCAUUGGAGCCAGGGGCCAAUCCACCGGUCGACGAAUUCCCCGUUCUCAAGUAUCUGCCCGAGUUCAUUUCUCCGUGGAAGACUCGAGCCAAGUACGCGGGCAGCGUGAUGCACAAGAUUUGGUCGGAAGCACGCAGCCGGGUGGACGAGCGACGACGACGAGGUGACAUUCGCACCUCGCAUGGCUCGCUGGCCGACAAGCUGCUAGAUGAGUACACGGAGAAAGGGUCGCCGUUGAGUAAACAGGAGUUGGACCAUUUCUUUGGCCUGCUCGUCGAGGGCGGGGCCGAAACCACGUCGUCCACCAUGUUGACCCUCAUCCUCUGCCUGGCCAUGAACCCUCGUGUGCAACAAAAGGCGCAGAAAGAGAUCGAUGCCGUCUGCGGCACAGAGAGGAUGCCUGAAUGGUCGGAUUUCGCCCGUCUGCCCUACAUCAACUGCAUCAUCAAGGAAGGCAUGAGAUGGCGCCCUGCUGCUCCAGUCGGGAUCCCCCAUCGCGUGGCGGCCGACGACUUCUACGAAGGAAUGCUGAUUCCAAAGGACUCGACCAUCUUCAUUCCCACAUGGGCCCUCCACCACGCCGAACGAUUUGGCUAUGACGAUCCGUAUGAAUUCAAGCCGGAGCGGUACAUCAACCACCCCAAGCUGGCCAACGACUACGCCGGGGGUGCAGAUUUUAGCAACCGAGAUAAGUCUAACUGUUCCUCACAUCACUAUGGCUAUGGCAGUGGACGGCGCAUGUGUCCAGGAAUCCACCUGGCUGAGAGGACGCAGUGGCGCAUUGCAGCCAAGCUGCUGUGGGCGUUCGACAUCCUCCCCGGCUUGGACCCUGCAACCGGGAAGCCCGUCAAGCUGGACCCGAAUCAUUACGUCGAGGGCCUGCUGCACGGUCCCGCGCCGUUCAAGUGUAUCUUCAAGCCACGGAGUCAGACACACGUCGACAUCAUCACUCGAGAGCUGGCCGCUGCAAGAAGGUUCCUGGCUCCGUACGAAUGA